CCUCCUCUCUCCCCAGCCAACCUUCCUGGUGGAACUGUCCAGAGUGCUGGCAAACCCCGGCAACAGCCAAGUUGCCCGCGUGGCAGCCGGCUUGCAGAUCAAGAACUCCCUGACCUCCAAGGACCCCGACAUCAAGGCCCAGUACCAACAGAGAUGGCUCGCCAUCGACGCCAACGCCCGCAGAGAAGUCAAGAACUACGUUUUGCAGACGUUGGGUACAGAAACAUACAGGCCCAGCUCAGCCUCUCAGUGCGUGGCCGGCAUCGCCUGCGCGGAGAUCCCCAUGAACCAGUGGCCCGAACUCAUUCCCCAGUUGGUAGCGAACGUUACGAAUCAGCACAGUACAGAGCACAUGAAAGAGUCGACGUUGGAGGCCAUCGGAUACAUCUGUCAGGAUAUCGAUCCAGAGCAGCUUCAGGACAAAUCCAAUGAGAUCCUGACGGCCAUCAUCCAGGGAAUGAGAAAGGAAGAGCCCAGCAACAAUGUGAAGCUAGCAGCUACUAAUGCACUCCUGAACUCUUUGGAAUUCACCAAAGCAAACUUUGACAAAGAGUCUGAAAGGCACUUUAUUAUGCAAGUAGUCUGUGAAGCAACGCAGUGUCCAGAUACAAGGGUACGAGUGGCUGCCUUACAGAAUUUGGUGAAGAUUAUGUCCCUUUAUUAUCAGUAUAUGGAGACAUACAUGGGUCCUGCGCUGUUUGCUAUAACUAUUGAAGCAAUGAAAAGUGACAUAGAUGAGGUGGCUCUACAGGGAAUAGAGUUCUGGUCAAACGUCUGCGACGAGGAGAUGGACCUGGCCAUAGAGGCCUCUGAGGCAGCAGAGCAAGGAAGGCCUCCAGAGCACACUAGCAAAUUUUAUGCAAAGGGAGCACUACAAUAUUUGGUCCCGAUUCUAACACAAACGUUAACAAAACAGGAUGAAAACGAUGAUGAUGAUGACUGGAACCCCUGCAAAGCAGCAGGCGUCUGCCUCAUGCUCCUGGCGACCUGCUGUGAAGAUGACAUUGUUCCUCAUGUGCUGCCCUUUAUUAAAGAACACAUUAAAAAUCCAGACUGGCGAUACAGAGAUGCAGCGGUGAUGGCUUUUGGGUGUAUUUUGGAAGGACCAGAGCCUAACCAGCUCAAACCACUAGUCAUACAGGCCAUGCCAACUUUAAUAGAACUAAUGAAGGACCCCAGUGUUGUGGUUCGAGACACCACGGCUUGGACCGUGGGCAGGAUCUGUGAGAUGCUCCCUGAAGCUGCCAUCAAUGACAUUUACCUCGCUCCGCUGCUGCAGUGUCUGAUGGAGGGGCUGAGCGCCGAGCCCAGAGUGGCCUCCAACGUGUGCUGGGCCUUCUCUAGUCUUGCUGAAGCUGCCUAUGAAGCUGCAGAUGUAGCUGAUGAUCAGGAAGAACCAGCAACCUACUGCUUAUCCUCUUCGUUUGAGCUAAUAGUUCAGAAACUUCUGGAGACCGCAGAUAGGCCUGAUGGACACCAGAAUAACUUGAGGAGUUCUGCGUAUGAAUCUCUGAUGGAAAUAGUGAAAAACAGUGCCAAGGACUGUUACCCUGCUGUCCAGAAGACAACCCUGGUCAUCAUGGAACGACUUCAGCAAGUGCUGCAGAUGGAGUCUCAUAUCCAGAGCACUUCCGACAGAAUCCAGUUCAAUGAUCUUCAGUCUCUCCUUUGUGCUACUCUACAGAACGUCCUCCGGAAGGUCCAGCACCAGGAUGCUCUGCAGAUCUCCGACGUGGUGAUGGCAUCUCUGCUGAGAAUGUUCCAGAGCACGGCGGGCUCGGGGGGCGUGCAGGAGGAUGCCUUGAUGGCCGUCAGCACCCUGGUAGAAGUCUUAGGUGGAGAGUUCCUGAAGUACAUGGAUGCCUUCAAACCAUUCCUUGGCAUUGGACUGAAGAACUAUGCUGAAUACCAGGUUUGUCUGGCUGCAGUGGGCCUGGUUGGUGACUUAUGCAGAGCCCUGCAAUCCAACAUCUUGCCUUUUUGUGAUGAGGUUAUGCAGCUGCUCUUGGAGAACUUGGGGAAUGAAAAUGUUCAUAGGUCUGUGAAGCCUCAGAUUCUCUCGGUCUUUGGCGACAUCGCCCUUGCCAUUGGAGGGGAGUUUAAGAAGUACCUCGACGUUGUCCUGAACACCCUCCAGCAGGCUUCCCAAGCACAGGUUGAUAAGUCUGACUACGACAUGGUGGAUUACCUGAACGAGCUGAGGGAGGGCUGCCUGGAGGCGUACACUGGCAUCAUCCAGGGAUUGAAAGGAGACCAAGAAAACGUUCAUCCGGAUGUGAUGCUGGUGCAGCCCAGAGUAGAAUUUAUUCUGUCUUACAUUGACCACAUUGCUGGAGACGAGGAUCACACUGAUGGAGUAGUGGCAUGUGCUGCUGGACUGAUAGGGGAUUUGUGUACAGCUUUUGGGAAAGAUGUACUGAAAUUAGUAGAAGCUAGACCCAUGAUACAUGAACUGCUAACUGAAGGAAGAAGAUCCAAGACGAACAAAACAAAAACCCUCGCUACCUGGGCGACUAAAGAACUGAGAAAACUGAAGAAUCAAGCUUGGUAAGGGAUCACACCCACCUCCUUUUCAUGUUGCAUAAUUAU